CCGCGGCGGGCGGAAGUGUCGCAGGGGCGCGCGCCGGCAGCAUGGCGGCUGCCCGCUGCUUGCGGCUGUGCGGGCGCUGGCGGCCGGCGCUGUUGGGGCCGGUGCGGCGCCGCCUCUUGGCGGCCGCUUCCUCCGCGGCCCCCCCGGCCCCUCUGGGCUUCGCCCCUCCGGCCCGCGCCGCCUUCAGCACUGGCCCGCGAUGGCACCAGCGGAGCCCCGGCGGCCUGGCGGGGGGCGACGCGCUGGAGGGCGGCGGCGGCGGCGGCGAGGACGGUAGCGGCGGCGGCGGGGCGGACGCUGGUGGGGCCGGGCCGGUUAUGACAGCGCUGACACCGCUACUCGUCCCGGAGCAUUUCCCCAACGUCCCUCUCAUCGCCGUGACGCGCAACCCCGUCUUCCCGCGCUUCAUCAAGAUCAUCGAGGUAAAAAAUAAGAAGCUGGUUGAGCUGCUGAGGAGGAAAGUUCGUCUUGCCCAGCCUUAUGCUGGUGUUUUUCUUAAAAAGGAUGAUAACAAUGAAUCUGAUGUGGUGGAGGAUCUGAAUGAAAUCUACCAGAUGGGAACUUUUGUACAGAUUCAUGAAAUGCAGGACCUUGGAGACAAGUUGCGUAUGAUAGUCAUGGGACACCGAAGGAUUCGUAUAAACAAGCAACUAGAAGUUGAGCCUGAGGAGCCUGAGAACAAACAGAAAGUUAGAAGGAAACAGAAGCGCUCUAAGAAAGAGGUUGAAGAGGAGCCUGGAGCAAAGGACCAAGCUGUGGAGGUGGUACUAGAUCCUGUAGCUGCUUCCUCACAGGAAAUUCUCAUGGUAGAAGUAGAGAACGUGGUUCAUGAAGAUUUUCAGAUCACAGAAGAGGUUAAAGCGCUUACUGCAGAAAUUGUCAAAACAAUCCGGGACAUCAUUGCCUUGAACCCCUUGUACAGAGAGUCCGUACUUCAGAUGAUGCAGGCUGGACAACGUGUGGUAGAUAACCCCAUCUAUCUGAGUGACAUGGGUGCAGCGCUAACAGGGGCAGAAUCACAAGAACUUCAAGACAUCUUGGAAGAAACCAGUAUUCCCAAACGGCUUUACAAAGCCCUUUCCCUUCUGAAGAAGGAAUAUGAGCUGAGCAAACUUCAGCAGCGUCUUGGAAGGGAGGUUGAGGAAAAGAUCAAGCAAACACAUCGCAAAUAUCUUCUUCAAGAGCAAUUGAAGAUCAUUAAGAAAGAGCUAGGUCUGGAAAAAGAGGACAAGGAUGCUAUAGAAGAGAAAUUCCGUGAGCGACUAAAGGAGCUGGUAGUGCCAAAACAUGUCAUGGAUGUGAUUGACGAAGAGUUGAACAAGUUGGGCUUGCUGGAUAAUCACUCCUCGGAAUUCAAUGUUACACGGAACUACUUGGACUGGCUGACAUCUAUUCCAUGGGGUAAGUGUAGCGAGGAGAACCUGGAGCUGACCAGAGCCCGAGCAGUUCUGGAGGAGGAUCAUUAUGGAAUGGAUGACGUCAAGAAGCGAAUUCUGGAAUUUAUAGCAGUCAGCCAGCUGCGAGGAUCCACCCAGGGGAAGAUCUUAUGUUUUUAUGGCCCCCCCGGGGUUGGCAAAACCAGCAUUGCCCGUUCCAUUGCCAGAGCCCUAAACAGAGAAUACUUCCGCUUCAGUGUUGGAGGGAUGACUGAUGUAGCAGAAAUAAAAGGACACAGGAGGACGUAUGUUGGAGCAAUGCCAGGAAAAAUCAUCCAGUGUCUGAAGAAGACCAAGACAGAGAAUCCACUUAUACUGAUUGAUGAGGUGGAUAAAAUAGGAAGAGGAUAUCAAGGGGAUCCAUCCUCAGCCCUUCUAGAGCUGUUGGACCCAGAACAGAACUCUAACUUCUUGGAUCAUUACCUUGAUGUUCCUGUGGAUUUAUCAAAGGUACUUUUUAUUUGUACUGCCAACGUAACAGAAACCAUUCCAGAGCCACUGCGGGAUAGAAUGGAAGUGAUCAAUGUAUCAGGAUAUGUAGCAGAAGAGAAACUUGCAAUUGCAGAGAGGUACUUGGUCCCUCAAGCACGAGUUCUGUGUGGCUUGGAUGAAAACAAAGCCAAAAUCACAUCGGAUGUCCUGACUGUUCUCAUCAAGCAGUACUGCAGAGAGAGUGGGGUGAGGAAUCUGCAGAAACAAGUAGAAAAGGUAUUGAGGAAAUCUGCCUAUAAAAUUGUGAGUGGAGAAGCAGAGACGGUCCAAGUAACACCUGAAAACCUGCAGGACUUUGUAGGAAAGCCCAUCUUCACUGUGGAUCGCAUGUAUGAAACUACUCCUCCAGGAGUGGUGAUGGGUCUGGCCUGGACAGCUAUGGGAGGUUCCACUCUGUUUGUUGAAACAUCCCUGAAGCGACCCAAAGACAAGGAGAACAAGGAUGGGUCCCUUGAAGUAACAGGGCAACUGGGAGAUGUAAUGAAAGAGAGUGCCAAAAUAGCUUACACGUUUGCAAGAGCCUUUCUGAUGCAGAAGGACCCCAACAAUGACUUCCUCAUGUCUUCCCAUAUCCACUUGCACGUGCCAGAGGGAGCAACACCAAAGGACGGACCAAGUGCAGGGUGUACUAUAGUAACUGCUUUGCUAUCGCUGGCCAUGAAUUGCCCAGUGAGGCAGAACGUGGCCAUGACUGGAGAGGUGUCAUUAACUGGAAAAAUUCUUCCUGUUGGUGGAAUCAAGGAGAAGACUAUUGCGGCAAAAAGGGCAGGUGUCACCUGCAUCAUUCUGCCAUCAGAGAAUAAAAAGGAUUAUUACGACCUUGCUGGAUUCAUUACAGAAGGACUAGAAGUGCAUUUUGUUGAGCACUACAAAGAGGUAUUUGAUAUAGCAUUUUCAAAGCUGGAUUCCGCUGGAGGAUGAUGUUCAACACCCUGAUGGCUGGAAGGUGGUCUGUCCCUGAAUGCUCAGCCCCCACCCAGAAACGGGGUGACCUGUGGGCAAUCCUGAAGUGGGACGUGGAGCUAUUGCUGCUGCGCAGCUGCUGAAAUGAAUUACGGCUUUGGUAGAAUAAAGUAUUUCUCACUCUUUAAUACUGAAUUAUGAUCCACAUUAAGUAUUUCUAAUAAAAUUGUGAAAUUUUACUUAA